GGACAUCACUGGACUCACAUUUUAUUGAAUCGUGUGAAAGAAGAUGGCGAAAGUGGCGCUGGGGCUACUAAUUGCCUUGGGUUUCCUUGGCAGUUGUUUAGCGGACAGAGACUGUCGUGUGGAUACUUUCGAAGUCAUGAAAGAUUUUAACAAGGAAAGGUAUGCUGGAGUCUGGUAUGCUGUGGCCAAGAAGGAUCCAGAUGGACUUUUCCUACUUGACAACAUCGUUGCCAACUUUAAAUAUGACCCAAAUGACAAAAAAAUGACAGCAACAGCUAAAGGGAGAGUCCGAAUCUUAGAGAAACUGGAACUGUGUGCUAACAUGGUUGGCACAUUCAUAGAAACCAAAAACCCUGCUAAAUACAAGAUGAAGUAUCAUGGGGCUCUAGCCAUCCUUGAGAGAGGACUUGAUGACCAUUGGAUUGUGGAUACUGAUUACACUACUUAUGCAAUCACUUAUGCAUGCCGUCGCCGAAAUUUUGAUGGCACAUGCGACGACAGCUACUCCUUUGUAUUCUCCCGUAGUAAGGAUGGCCUGCCAUUAGAUGCACAGAGAAUUGUAAGGAAGAGGCAGGAGCAGUUGUGCUUGGAAAGGAAGUACAGAAGCGUCCCUCACAAUGGUUACUGUGAAACAGAACAAUAGAGGAGGUUUUACAAGAAUCCUGUUGAUGUAACGUUUACAGGCAGAAGCAACCACAUCUCAGUGCUCAUAUCAAUAAAAGUUUAACAACCUUGGUUUUAAAGGAAUAAAGAACAAUGAUGAUAGUACCAAUGUACAUAUGAUACCCAGUGCUCCAUUCUUUAACUAUUUAAUAGUACUUCUUCAAUGUAAACCUUCUUCUCCCAGCUGAUUUGUGUAUUCGGAUGAAAUACAUUUCUUUAAAAUCCUGUGUGUUGUGGUUUUGGUUUCAUGACUGAUACAUUAUAGGCAAGUCAUAUUUUUUAUGCACUACACUUCAUGCAUUUGUAUAUGCAGACAGGAUUUUCUAGCUGGCAGCCUGUCAUUUUUAGGUAGAAGUUCAAUUCAAGAGUUGUAUUAUUCCAACAUCCCUAACGUAGGUCCAGUGGCACUUGUUCUUCCACAGAUAUCAACAGCACAACUCCUAAGGGUAAGAGGCAAGCAGAAAUGCAAUAACUUGAGAAUGUAAGUGUUAAUGAGUUGCCUUAGAAUAGCAUCUGUUUAAAAAUAAAAAAAAAAUUGUACACCCUUUUCAAUAAAUAUGGUCAAUCUAUACCUUG